CAUUAUUACGCAAUACAGCACAGCAUACUAUUUCCAUUUUGGGAAAAAUUUAGAUUUGUUUUAAAGUUUUGUAGUCUAUAAUUUUACCAGAUUCUAACUAUAUACUAUAUAGUAUGAUGAAAGAUCGAUUGUAAGAAACUUUGUAAAAAAGUUGAAUGCCAAUAGAAUAUAAAAAGUUAAAAAUACAAUUUAAUAGGAAGUAAUCUGAAAAAAUUUGAUAAUUUUAGUCGUGUUAAAAAAGACGAAAUAAAGAUAUUAAGGUCAAAUGGCUUUUAUGAUACCAGUCAUGAAAAAUAAUUAUGAAAUAUACAAUGGAGGAAGGUCAAGAAAAAUUUCAGAAUCUUCUGCAACAGAAUGUCAGAGCUUAUCAACAUCUCCUGGUAUUGAUUAUGUGUCAUCAAGUCACCGUAAUCAUAUGCAAAGAAGCUAUUCUUCUAAACCAUUUCCGCGGAAUCAUUCUAAAACAUCUGAAGAUUCUUUCGGGAUUUCUCCAACAUAUUUAAGCUUGCAAGCGAGUUGCAACCCAACAGAUCCUCCAAAAUCUGUCACUUUGCAAAGUAGUCGGAAUAGUUUAGCACGAAAGUUCAACACUAGAGUAAUGGUAGAAAAAUUGCGAACUCUUUCUUUGUUUCGCAAAGAAAAUUCGACAGAACGCUCAUGAAAUAUUUUAAAUGGAAGGCCUUAAAAUGCUGUAUUUGUAAAUAAAAUUAAAUAUAUUUUUUUAAAUGCAUUGUGA